AAAAUUUCACCGGAAAACUCUCCUUUCACCCAUUUUUUGCCGUGUCGCCGCUAACUUCUCUCCCCUCAAAUCAACUUCUCUCUCUCCAGUCAACACGGAAUUCAUAUAUAUAUCUAUAUAUCUAUAUCUAUAUCGGCACUCCCCAUUUUUAGUUAACUAUCUCUUACAAGUUACAAUUUUUUUUUUAUUUUUUUUUUCAAAUCAAUUUGAAGGUUUUCUCAAACGAAUCACGGGGAAGCGGAUUCAGAAUCGGCGUUCGAAAAGUGAUGCUAAUCACGCAAUGCAUUCAUUCUGCUGCGGCUCAUCGGUGACGAUCAACAGCUCCGACAUGCCGCCGGCUCCACCGCCACCUUCCUGCAAUCCGCCCGCCAAAAUUCACAAUUCCGCCGCGGUCUCCAGAGCUUCGUCGGCGCGUGAAAAUGGGCAGGAUCAAUGUUCGGGCGGUUCUCAGAAUAACAUUGGCACCGAUCGCAAUCAGAAUCACCACCACAGCCGCGAAUUGAAGAUUAACGAUAUUGUUGGGGAUGGGAUUUCUGGGAUUUUGCACAAGUGGGUGAAUUAUGGGAGAGGAUGGAGACCUAGGUGGUUUCUGUUACAGGACGGAGUUUUGAGCUACUAUAAGAUCCACGGCCCGGAUAGAAUUGUUGUUGAUCAGGAAACGGAGAAAAGGUCUAGAGUGAUUGGGGAAGAUUCUAUGAGACGGAUUUCUCGGCAGAAUAGCAAUCAUCAUAGCAUUCACCGUAGGAAUGGGAGCACCAGUUCUUCGCCCAAAAGCCGAAAGCCCGUCGGUGAAGUCCAUUUGAAGGUUUCAUCUAUCCGAGAGAGUGGAUCAGAUGAUAGGAGAUUCUGCAUUUUUACGGGGACAAAGAAGCUCCAUCUAAGGGCUGAGAGUAGAGAGGACAGAGUGACAUGGCUCGAAGCAUUGAAAACUGUGAAGGACAUGUUCCCGAGAAUGUCCAACAGUGAGUUAAUGGCGCCCGUGGAUAACCUAUCUGUGUCAACAGAAAAGCUGAGGCAGAGGUUAUCGGAAGAAGGUCUCAACGAGGCUGCCAUUCUGGAGAGUGAGCAGAUCAUGAAGAACGAAUUUGCUGCGCUGCAGAAUCAGUUGACCGUCUUGAAGCAGAAGCAUUGGGUUCUCAUGGAUACACUGCGAAAUUUAGAGACAGAAAAGGUGGAUUUGGAGAAUACGGUUGUAGAUGAAAGCCAGAGACAGUUCAAAGAAGUUGGAGCAUCCUCUAGAUCAAGACAAGAUAAGUAUAGUGAAAGCGCCAGUGGGUCUGAAGAUGAAAGAGUAGAUGCAGCUGAGGAAGAUACAGAUGAAGAAGACAACAGUUUCUUCGACACCAGAGAUUUUCUUUCUUCUAGCUCUUUUAAAAGUAACGGUUCUGAUUUUAGGACUUCAUCUUUUUCAUCUGACGACGAUGGACUUCAUGCUUCUGAAACUGAGGAUGGUAUUGACCCCGCCACUAAAUCUUCUGGAACAAACUUUCCUUAUGUUAAGCGUCGGAAAAAAUUGCCAGACCCUAUUGAAAAGGAGAAAGGAGUGAGUUUAUGGUCGAUGAUCAAAGACAACAUUGGGAAGGAUCUUACGAAAAUAUGCCUACCGGUCUACUUCAACGAGCCUAUCUCUUCUCUGCAGAAAUGUUUUGAAGAUGUUGAAUAUUCGUAUCUUAUUGACCGGGCUUAUGAAUGGGGAAAGAAGGGCGACAGCCUUAUGAGGCUUCUAAAUGUAGCUGCAUUUGCGGUAUCUGGGUAUGCUUCAACAGAUGGAAGAAAUUGCAAACCUUUCAAUCCAUUGCUAGGGGAGACUUACGAAGGUGAUUAUCCAGAUAAAGGCCUUCGAUUUUUCUCAGAGAAGGUGAGUCAUCACCCCAUGAUUGUGGCAUGCCAUUGUGAGGGUACAGGCUGGAAGUUUUACGGUGAUAGCAAUCUAAAAAGCAAAUUCUGGGGUAGGUCCAUUCAGCUCGAUCCAGUUGGUACUCUAACUGUUGAAUUUGAUGAUGGAGAAGUCUUUCAGUGGAAUAAGGUAACAACAUCUAUAUACAAUCUCAUUCUGGGGAAACUAUAUUGUGACCACUAUGGUAACAUGCGGAUACAAGGAAACCGUGAAUACUCUUGUAAACUAAAAUUCAAGGAGCAGUCUAUCUUAGACAGAAAUCCUCAUCAGGUGCAAGGGGUUGUCCAAGACAAGAGUGGAAAGACAGUAGCAACCUUGUUUGGAAAGUGGGAUGAGAGCAUGCAUUUCGUCCAUGGAGAUUACUCCUCCAAAGGAAAAGGUCAUGAAUCUCUAUCGGAAGCUCAUUUGCUCUGGAAAAAAAGCAAGCCUCCAAAAUUCCCGACGCGGUAUAACUUGACACGGUUUGCCAUCACACUGAAUGAGCUUAUGCCUGGACUGAAGGACAAGCUACCCCCAACUGAUUCAAGGCUGAGACCUGAUCAAAGAUGCUUGGAAAAUGGUGAAUAUGAGACUGCAAAUGCUGAAAAAUUGCGUCUUGAGCAACGUCAACGCCAGGCUAGGACAAUGCAAGAGCAAGGCUGGAAACCUCGAUGGUUUGCCAAAGAGAAAGGAUCUGAUACUUACCGUUAUACUGGUGGAUAUUGGGAAGCUAAGGAACAGGGCAAUUGGGAAUCGUGCCCCGAUAUAUUUGGUCAAUUACCUCCUUCUGAUCACAUUCCAGACUAAUUAAAAAAAAGGGGGUUUAGUUCUUGAUUCGAGUCAUUUUUUUUACUAGGAAAAAAUCGAAAACGGAUAAUAUAUUUUGUCGAUAAGAGCUGCAAAUAUGUUCAUGAAAUUUGUUUAUAGUGGUUAGAUGAAGCAACCAAGUUGUUUCUAUGAUAGAUAGAUAGAGAGUGUGUACUUUUACCCCGAAAGCUUUUUUAGCUAUUUUUUAGGCCUUCGUUUUCCGAGGCCUUUGCUCGAAUUCAGCAGUUUUCUGUUCUUCUCUUGUUGUGAAUAAUGUUUUAGACCUUGCUUUGAUUCUAUUAUGUUGCUCUCUAGUUUUGUAGUUAUGUGUGAUUAACAGUACAAUCAUCUGUAACGAAAUCAACCGUUUUACCCAAUUUU